AUGAGCGCCCAACCGUCCAAAAGGCGAUGCGUCAGCACAGCCUGUGUCGCCUGCCGCAAAAGGAAGUCAAAGUGUGACGGGAACCUGCCCAGCUGUGCAGCUUGCUCCUCGGUAUACCAUACACCAUGUGUAUAUGAUCCAAACUCGGAUCACCGUCGCAAAGGUGUUUACAAGAAAGACACCGAUACAUUACGGACCCGAAACACCACCUUACAGACAUUGAUCCAGGCAAUAUUAAACUACGAAGAAGCAGACGCUUUCGAAUUAGUACGUCAGAUUCGCUCUUGCGACGAUCUUGAAGAUGUAGCCACCUCGGUGAUCGCCCAGGAGAAGGGGCUUAUGUCUACGAACAAAGCAGCAGAGCCAGCCAGCAACGAGAACACAGCUGAGAUAGAUCAAUUCGAGUCAGAGCUGGCUGGCAAAAUGAGUGAGCUCAUGCUUGAUGGUUCUCGGAAAUUUAUUGGAGGUACCUCGAACCUCAUCUUCUUGCCGCCAGGAUCCGAGCUGCACGAGUCUGCUUCGAUUCAAAACAACCUCGAUACCGAAAACCAAACACACGCUGUGAGCCGGUGGACCGAAGUCACAGACGACGACUCCCUAAUCAGCCAUCUGAUGACCAUGUACUUUACAUGGCACUAUCCCUUCUUCACUACAUUGUCCAAGAAUAUGUUCUAUCGGGAUUACAUCCGCGGUGUUUCCAGUUCAUAUUGCUCUGCAUUACUCGUCAAUGCUAUCCUAGCUCUGGGCUGCCAUUUCAGCUCAUGGCAAGGUGCCUUUGAUGAUCCCCAGAAUCUUGCAACAGCCGGAAAUCAUUUCUUCAGAGAGGCGAAGCGACUCGUUUUGCAAAAUGACGAACAUGAGAACGCAAAGCUAUGCACCGUCCAGGCAUUCGCACUUAUGUCUGUCCGAGAGGCGGGAUGUGGCCGUGAAGGGAAAGGCUGGGUCUAUAGUGGUCUCAGUUUCCGCAUGGCUUUUGAUCUAGGGUUAAAUCUCGAUUCGGCAAAUCUUGGGGCGCACAGUCUCAGCGACGAAGAGAUUGAUGCUCGGCGGAUCACCUUUUGGGGCUGCUAUCUCAUUGACAAAUGCUGGUCAAAUUACCUCGGUCGUCAACCCCAGCUGACCUCAACCAACGCCAACGUGCCCAAGUUUGAUGUGUUGCCACAAGAAGAAAUAGAGCUAUGGUCGCCCUACACAGAUUCUGGAGUUGGUCAUGAGCACACGCAAGCUUCACGAACCAGGGCUGUCGCGCUCCAAAUAUCCAAACUGUGUGAGAUCAGCAGCGAUGUGCUUGUGUUCUUCUACCACCCAACCGAACUUGAAAAUUCCCAGCCUAAACAGUCGGAACUGAAGAAACUGAGCGAUGUUCACACCCGACUUGAGGCGUGGAAAAACAAAUUGCCCAGGGAACUGAUGGCAAAAGAAGGACAGCUACCACAAGUACUUGUCAUGCACAUGCUGUAUCAGCUCCAGAUAAUCCAUCUGUACCGACCAUUCCUGAAGUACACCAAGGCCAAUACUCCACUUCCUUCCCAUGUCUCACCUCGCAAGAUAUGCACUCAGGCUGCCGCAACUGUUUCCAAGCUGCUGCGUAUAUACAAACGAGGAUAUGGACUGAAACAGAUCUGCAACAUCGCCGUCUAUAUUGCCCACACUGCAUGCACCGUCCAUCUUCUCAACCUCCCCGACAAAAAUGCCCAGAGAGACGUGAUACACGGCCUCAAGAAUCUCGAAGAAAUGGCAGAGGGCUGGCUCUGUGCUCGACGUACCCUCCGUAUCCUCGACAUAUCUGCAAAUAAGUGGCAAGUAGAGUUACCGCCCGAAGCAAUCUCCAUCUUUGAACGAACACAUAACAAAUGGGGAUCCUGGGGCUCUUGGGACCAAGCGACUUCCCCCUCAACAUCCGACAGCUCUCCCAUCGCAACCAUGUUACAACCCGCUACAAGCUCAAGCCAAUUCUCACCAUCCGUGCUCCCAUUCCCACAUUCUCACACCGAACCCAUCGCCAUGGUUGAUCCACCGAUGGGUCCUCAAUAUGGACCCCUCGCCGCUGCCCCAAUACCGUUCCCCUCAAUGCAAGGAAUGCAUCCACACCAAACCCAGCGGCCCGAGUUUGCCCCUCCCGAACCAACAUAUCUCCGGCCCCAGAUGGCCUACCAAUUCACCCCCCUCCAAAGAUCCGUUCCAGCUCCCUCUUCUCCCCAUUCGAAUAAGUGGUACGAUGGCUCUGGGGCGCAUAUUUCACCCCAAAACGCAACGCCGACAUCGGUUGCAUCGCCCGUGUCUGGGUAUGAUGGAACCGAAAACCUGGUCGAAGAGAGCCAGGACUGGUGGUCGAGAAAUGCUAACGCGUAUGGCAUUGGCAUGGAUGGUUGGAGUGGUAGUGGUACUUGGAAUACUCCUCCCCCAAACCAGCCUUCUCUGAUUCAAUAUCAGGAUGGUAACCUCAUGUCUGUUGCUCAGCAUUCUAGUCCUGGCGAUGAGUAG